AUGGAUAUAGAAAAAUGCAACUACUAUGCAGAAUUACUGACAGAAAACCGACCAGAAUUUCAAGCAGUAGAACAUGAGAACAACCUUGCAGGCAUUUUAAUGAUAAGCGAAAGAGAAUCAAUUUCUGAAGACGAUACCGAAAAGCCUAAAACCCGAUUAGAUGCUUCUAGUCUCCUUAAACAAUUCAAAAGCAUAGAAAUGGGUCUUAUGGCGGUAUUUUGGACAGACGUUUUAAAUAGAUUAGAUGCGAUCAAUAAAAAGCUUCAAAUGUUGGAUAUUGAUCUACAACUGGCUGCAGAUUUAUAUAGCUCAUUGGAAAAAUAUUUUUCUAAAAUUAGAAAUCUAGAUAAUACUAAAUCAUUCGAGGAAUAUGAAAGAAGGGCCAUAGAAUUGUUCGGUGAGAAAAAAUAUGCUGCAGAUAAAAAGAGAAAAGUGAAACGGAAACGACAAUUUGGUGAAACCAGUGAUAAUGAAACUCUAUUUAACGCUAGUGAUUUAUCUACUUUAAUUAUUGACAACAUUACCGAUAAGUCCAGACAUUUAAUAACCUGUUAUGCAAAUGAUUUAGAGGAGUCAAUGGCUAAUGAUUUAAUACACUUUCGUGAAUUUAUAAAAUGCAUUAAGUCAGCAAAACCAUCUGCUAGAGAGCUUCCUACAGUAAUUUAUGAAGAAAACGCUCAAAACCUGUUUCCAAAUACUUUCAUAGCAUUAAGAAUCUUCACAUGUACUUUUAUUACUAACUGUUCUGCUGAACGCUCGUUUUCUGCAUUGAAACGUAUUAAAACUUAUUUACGGUCCACUAUGGAAACUGAACGUCUAAAUCAUUUGGCAGUUUUACAUAUUGAGUCCGACCUUUUAAAAACUAUCAAUUACGAUGAAGUAAUUGAUAAUUUUGCGAACAAAAAAGUACGUAGGAAAUCUUUAUAG